GGUGCCCGCCAGGAGAUCGCACGGCCGCGGAGCGGCCCCGCGGCCGACGCCCGGGCCCCGCCGCGGCGGAGCGCGGGCCUCGGGGAUGGGCGCGCGGCUGGGCGGGGGCCCUGCGACCAGGAGGGCGCCUGGGGCUCUGCUGCUGGCGCUGGCCGGUUGGGCGGCCGGCGGCGUCGGAGUGGCUCUGGCGGCGGUGUGCGACGCCGACGCCAAGGUGGGGUGCUGCUUGGGGCUGACAUCCAGGCGCUGCAACAUCUUCACGCCUGGCGCUUUCGUUGGGCUUCGGGCCCCCAGGCUAUCACAGUUCGAUCGGGCUUGGCAAGUGAUGCGAAAACAUUGGGUCCAGGGGUGUGGCCGUGAUUUUCGGUGAUGUCGUAUUUGUUCCGCAAUGUCGGAUCUCAGGAUAUGCGCCUCUGGCACCAGGUUCCCCCCAGGAUUUCAGGAUUUUCUGGGAGGCCGUCACGCGGCCCAGUAGGCCCCAGUGGCUCCAAAAUGGUGCGACAAACUGGGGCAGGAGCAUGUCUAGCAGCACCCGAGCUGACGCCAAGGGGGGCGAGCCGUGCUUCGAGCUGGCGGGGGGAGUGCGCAUGCCGAUGGUUGCGAUGGGCACAUGGUCUGGUAGCUACAAGGACUGCGGCCGCUCUGACUUCACGUGUAUCAAGCAGCACGCGCGUUUCGCGGCAGACACUUGGCUGCACAUAGGCGGAACCCAUCUCGAUGCGGCUAACGAUUACCGAACGCAGACGGAGAUCGCGGAUUCUUUGAGGGCCAGUGGUUUGCGGCGGGAGGACGUGUUCAUCACCACCAAAUGUCCCGGCGCCAUGGGUUACGAAGCCACCAUCCAGUGUGCGGACGACAAUUUGCAGAUGCUCGGACAGUUUGGCACUUCGGGAGUUGCGUACAUCGAUCUGCUGCUGGUCCACUUCCCCCUCACCUUCAAGCCGUUGUGCCGGUUCCACCGCGAGCUGCCAGAGUGCUCCAACAUGACGGUGCCCGCGAGCAGGCAGGCCUUGGCUGACACGUGGAGAGCGAUGGAGGACCUCGCGAAGAUGGGCGUGGUGAGGAGCAUCGGCGUGUCGAACUACAUGGUGGAGCACCUGGAGGCCACCCUGGCGAGCGCCACUCGGCCAAUCGAGGUGAACCAGGUCGAGUGGCACCCGAUGCACCACCAGGAGGAGCUGCUCGACUUCUGCAGGGCCCACGGCAUCCUCCUGGAGGCCUACUCGCCACUGGGCGGAGCUGGUGGCUCGGUGCUCUCCGACCCCGUGGUCAGGGACAUCGCGGCCGCCCACAACGCCUCGGCGCCGCAGGUCGUCCUGCGCUGGUCCCUGCAGCGUGGGGUGGCCGUGGUCGUGGGCACCGCCAACGCAGACCACAUGGUGGCCGACAGGGACGUCUUCGGCUUUCAGCUGACGGCCGACGAGGUGAGCAGACUCUCCGCAAUCCACCCGGGUGCGACCUUGCUCGUGUGACCCUCGGAGACGGGUGCCGCGCUGGCACCCAGCUUCCUUCCUGCCAUGACUCCUCCACCUCCUCGGACUCUAGCUCCGGUGGCGCUUCGUUCCAUCCGUCUGCGCUCGGCUGACGUGUUGGCCACUGAUGCCCUUGGGCCGGCUCCGGCGCAGCUUGUGCCGGGUCGUCUUGUGGUCCGCCUCCUCUCUCCCGUAGCGGGAGUCACGCGUUUCGGUUGCCCACAGUAGCUCCAGUUGCAGCCUCCUUCUUGCGGCGCCGCUGCGCGCGGCUUUGUGCUGGGCAAUUGCCAAUUUUCUCGGGACGCGCGCAGUGGCUUCACCGAGCUGCGUUGAAGAACUGCCCCAGUGGAGCGACGGAAA